GUGAAUGCCCAAGGAUCUUCCAAUAACAGCUCGUUGCCGAAACCAGCAAGUGAAGCUCCAGAGAAUCCAAUAUCAAGCCUGUUGAACAUGGAUGCUAUUCCCAGCAAUUUUCAGAUCGGUUGUACCAAAAUCGAAGUAGUAAACAUGCCGACUGAUCAGGAAGGGCGCAAUCAACAGUUAGCACAUCCUUCGUUGCCUUCCGGUGUAUCCUGCAGUAAAUCUGCAGACGAUGGGAACGAUCAAAGAGAAGACGUUGAAAAGAUAUUGGAUGCUACGGCAGUACCACGAUAUACACUUGCUUCUCUCAAACCUCUUUUUAAUCCUGUUUCUGACAGCACUUCAACGGAAAGUGAAUCAGUAUCGAAAGUAGAGCAGUUGUUGAUCGAUACCAACCGGAAACUCGACUUGGUGCUAGAGAAACUGAGUCAAAUGGACCGUAAGAGGAUAUUACAUGAAACACAAAUGAAUUUGUUGGAGAAAAAAGUCGAUAUGCAUUUGUCCUUAGGUGUAGUACCGAAAGAGAGAACAGACAAAGCAGCUCUAGAGUCUAGUAGCACAAGUAAAGGCAGUCUAGAUAAUUCGUUAUCAUUAUUUUCGCCGGUAUCGUGUUUGUUGGACUUGGAAAACUUGGAAGAGUUAGCUAGGGAUAAGAACUAUGUUAAUUAUGUGAAAACCCGCGUACAAGGUAUGUUGCGUACCAAAAGAAGAUCAUUAAAACAAAGUAUGGCUAGUAACCGAAGUCCAGGACGAACAUAUUGCUUGCGAAUAGUGGAUCUAUUUUUUACCAGAUUUUUCUUGACUCAAUGCACUUGGUCAGGGCAAGCUCGCGGGACAAAUAAUCAGAGAAUCCGUUUUAAAGAUUUCGUUUAUGUGAUUAAUAUGUUUCACGAGACUGUGCACUAUAUCGAUCCUUCGUUUACUAAGGAAGAUACAGAAUCGUUCUUGAAACAAAUGCUUAUAUCAGCUAAUUAUCGGUUCCAAGCAGGUCCUCCAAAGUUAAAAGUUACAAGCCGCCCCAGAAAAGCACGAAAAACGAAUAUUUUAACAAUCACCGAAUCGAAUGAUAACGUCGAAUCGUAUGAAAUAAUGGAAUUUGAUCCUUUAGAGAUAAAAUCAGAAUCAGAAUCAUAAUGCAGAAAAGCUGAAAGUGUGUUGGGAAGAAAAUACGCUUCCCUUUCAUCUUCUAAACUUUUAAAAAUUAACAAACAUCGAUUAAGGGGAAAUGAUAGAGAUCUGGUAGUAAUGGAAUACUUCAUAAACGUGCUCAAAUGGAAAA